AUGCAGCAGCCGCGCGGCCCUGCGACGCUCUGCAUCAAAGCGAAAGAGAUCGAUGCGCUCUACGACGCGCUCGGCAAGAUCCAGCGCGCCUUCGCCGCCGCGGCGAUCCCGUGGACGCUGACGGGCGGCUCGGCGCUCGGCGCCGUGCGCUCCGCGUCGAUCCUGUUCUGCGACGACGACAUCGACCUCGCCGUGCUGGGCCGCGAGCAUUUCGAGCGCGCGCGCCGCGCGCUGCGCGCGAUCCCCGGGCUGCGGCACGCGCCCGCGGGCGGCCGCAACGGCCUGUGCUGGGACCGCGUGCGGCCCGAGGCGUCGCCGGGCGUCUGGGUCGACGUCUUUCUGCUGGUCGAGUACGCGUCGCUCGACGCGCUGCGCGAGGCCGUCGCCACGAAGCGGAACGGGUCGCCGCAGGACGGGGCCGUCGUCGCAGCGGCGGUCGCUCCGUGCGCGGCGCUGCCCGCGGACGCGUGGCCGCUCUGGCACUUCGGCGAGAUCGAGGCGCGCGGCGCGGGCCUCGCGAUCCAGAAGUGGCCCGGCGAGUUCGUCACGCGCCCGGAGCUGCCCUUCCGCGGCGGCGGCCACGCGUUCGGACCUUUGGCGGACGUGCCGCUGCCGCCGCGGCCGCUGAGCUACCUCGUCCGCGCCUUCGGCGACGACUGCCUCGCGGUCUACUACGUCGACCGCGAGCACGAGCAGUACCGGACGGGAAACGCCGCCGGGGCGCCGCCGCGCCGCGAGAAGACGGCGCUCGCGCCCGAGCUCUACCGUCCGGUCAUGCCGUCGCGGCGCGACGCGCGCGUCCGCAGCGACCACGGCCUCCCGCGGCUGCGCGCGAAGGUCGCGGCCAUGGCCGCGGCCGAGGGGCUCGCGGCGCCCCCGCGCCUGCCGCCGCCGCGGCUCCUCGUCGUGUCCAACGGCCCCGUUGCCGAGGCCUUCGAGCGCGACGCGGGCCACGGCCGCUACGCGCUCGGCUGGGGCGCGCCGAUCCGCGCGGCGGACGUCGUCCGCGCCGCCGCGGGCUACGAGGCCGUCGUCUGCGCCGCGGAGACCGUCUGCGCCAACGACCUCGAGCCGCUCCGGCGCGCGUGCGAGAGAGCGGGCGUCGGCUGCCGCGUCGUCGGCGAACGCGGCGACCGAACGCCGGAUGGUGACGACGACCCGGAGGCGCGCGGCUUCCGACGGUGGUGCCGCGCCGCCGUCGCGGGGCCCUGGUACGCGCCCGCCGGCGCCGCCGGCGACCUCGACGCGCCGGGUUUCCUCCGCGGCCGCGCGGUCCUCGCCGCGCGUCGCGCGGUCCUCGCCUCGGGCGUCCGCGCGCAUCCGCCGAAGCAGCCGCUCGUCGUCCUCGCGGCGGGCGUCGGCAGCCGGCUCCGCGCGUCGACGAACGUGACGCUGCCCAAGUGCUGCGUCGACGUCGGCGGCCGGUCCAUCUUCGAGCGCAUGGCGAGCAACGCGGCCGCGGCCGGCGUCGAGGCCGUCGUCGUCGUCGUCGGCUUCCGCCGCGACGUCGUCGAGGCGCACGUCGAGGCCGCGUGCGCGAAGCUCGGCAUGGAAGCGACCUUCGUCGUGAACGACGACUUCGCGUCGACGAACACGUGCAAGUCGCUGCUCGCGGCGCUCCGCGCCGCGCCGUCGCUCCUCGACGGCUUCUUACUCGCGGACGGCGACCUGGUCUGCGACGCCGAGGUCUUCGACCGCGUCGCCCGCUUCCCGGGCUCCUGCGCGGCCGUCGCGCGGCCGUCGCCCCUCGCCGCGUCGUCCGAGGACGCCGAGGCCGUGCGCUGCCUGACGAACGCCCGCCACCAGAUCACGAAGAUCGGCAAGGCCAUCGGCCCGGGCUCCGUCGGCGAGUGCGUCGGCCUCUACGGCGUCUCCGGCGCGGCCGUCGCCGGCGCGCGGCUCCCCUUCUUCCUCGACGCUUCGGAGGCGUCGGAGUACUACGAGGACUCCUUCGACCGCGCGCUGCGCGCGGGCGGCCCGCGGCGCCUCGACAUGGUCGCGCUCGACGUCACGGGCUUCGCCUGCGUCGAGGUCGACGACGGCGAGGAUCUCGCGGCGGCGGUGGGCGCCGUUGGCGUCGUCGCGCCUCCGGUCGUCGAUGGCGUCGCGGUCGCAGAUCUGCCAGCCGCGGAGGCCGCCGCUGAAGACGCCGUCGCGCCUGCGGCCGCGGUGCCCGAGACGGCGCGGCAUCCAGAGGACGGCCGCGUUACGCCCUGUGAAGGGCCCGGCGCCGAGGACGCGCUCCCCGCCGCGGACGACGUCGAGACCGUCGCGCUCCCCGAGGCGGAGCGGCUCGACUACGUGCGCAUGAAGGAGGAGCUCGAGGCCAUGAAGCGGACCAACGCCGACGCGCGCGCGCUCUUCCGGGGCCUCGAGAUCGACGACAUCGACGCCGACCUCGACGCGCUGGCGGGGCGGCCGCCGGUGGGAGACGCCGCGCCGGCGUGGAACACCAGAUAA